AUGUCCUCGUACAAACAAAUUAUCUAUUCGAAAGCGCCUAACCCGGCCAUCGACCCCUCCCUCAAUGGAGGUACCUUCAGCAUCAAGACGGUCGCCAAACCCUCCAAUGUGCCCUCCGACAAGGUGCUCGUCCGCACACACUACCUCUCUCUCGACCCGGCCAUGCGCCAAUGGCUUACCGCCAAGCGAUCCUACAUCGCCCCCGUUGAGAUCGGCGCCGUCAUGCGUGGUCAGAGCAUCGCCCAGAUCAUCGCCGUUGGUCAGGACCUCGCUGCAAAGUUCAAGACCGGCGACUGGGUCGUGGCCUACACAGGCUGGCAAGAGUAUGCCGUCCUCGGCGCCAAGGAAGUGGAACAGUUCGUGCUGCCCCCCGGCGGCCGCCCCACGGACGCCAUGUCCGUACUCGGCAUGACCGGGUUGACCGCAUACUUUGGUAUGACCGAGGUGGGCCACCCCAAGGCGGGUGAGACUGUCGUGGUCUCCGGUGCUGCGGGUGCAACGGGUAUGGUUGCCGGCCAGAUUGCGAAGAUCAAGGGCGCGAAGAGGGUGGUUGGCUUGGCUGGCAGUCGCGAGAAGUGCGAAUUCCUAGUGCGAGAGCUUGGCUUUGACGUGGCUAUCAACUACAAGGAUGCCGAUUGGAAGAAGCAGCUCAAGGAUGUGACCCCUGAGUAUAUCGAUGUCUUCUUUGACAAUACCGGUGGUGAGAUUCUGGAUGCUUGUUUGGCGCGUGCUGCGCGCGACUCGCGAUUCGUGAUCUGUGGUGCUAUCAGUCAGUAUAACUCGGCCAAGCCGCAGGGUCCCACCAGCUUCAUGACUGUGAUUUCUCAACGAGUCACCAUGAAGGGUUUCAUUGUCUUCGACUAUGCAAAGAAAUACCCCACUGCCUUGCAGGAGCUGGCCUCCUGGUUGUCGCAGGGCAAGCUGAAGCGUAAGGAGCACAUUGUUCCCGGGGGCAUUGAGGGUGCGCCCCAGGCUUUGGUCGAUUUGUACAAGGGAGUGAACACGGGCAAGAUGAUGGUUGAGGUUGCUCCCGUGGAUGAGGCCGCGAAGGCUAAGCUCUAA